CAACAAGGACGAACAGGAUUGACUACAAGUGCGAAACAUCGAUCGGUCAUCUAUCGCAGUGAGGUUCGACUUGAGAACUCCAACCAUGGCCACAGCGUGUGCGACCUGUGCAUCGCGCUUCGACAGCCCCCUGGAUCCGGUGUCGGAGAAGCCACUUCUGCCAGGACGAGAUCUAGACUGCUGCGGCAGGGCGAUAUGUUCGCGAUGUCUGAACCAGAACAAGCGCUACGAAACGUACUGUCCAUAUUGCCAGAUCACAACGGAGCCUUCACUGUUGCCACAAGGGCUCAAAGACCCUCCUGCGUAUUCAGAUGAUCGAUUGCCACCUUGGCGAACAGCCCGGGAUGAUGAGCCUCCAGCAUAUUCAGAGCAUCAACCUGUGCAGCCUCCAUCGGAGAAACAGAACCACGAAGUUGCUGAAGAUGUACUGCAUUUCUUGACGCCGAAUGAUUCGAUGUCUUCGCUAUCGUUGGCGUACGGCGUGCCGAUUGAUGCCUUACGGAAAACGAACAACGUCUUCGCAGAUCAUCUCAUACAAGGCCGGAAAACGGUCUUGAUCCCUGGCGAAUACUACAAUGGCGGAGUGUCAUUAUCACCGCAGCCCGUCGAGAGCGAGGAAGAGGAGCUGAAGAAGAAUAAGAUCCGAAGGUGGCAAGUUGCGUGCAAAGUUGCAGAGUACGACGUCGCGCAGUUAUAUUUGAAAAAUGCCGAGUGGGAUCUGCAAGCAGCAAUCGAUGCCUAUCGGGACGACGAGCAAUGGGAGAAAGAUCAUCCACUGGAAGCUAAGCAGCAGAAGAAGGGUAAGUCUGCUAGCAAUGUUGGUAUGAGGAGAUUUCUUGGGUCGAACGCUAGAUGAGAUAGCUCUGUACAACAUCAGCUCACAAACAUGUUUCCUAUGGCUAAUUACCUCUCACGGCUCAAAUGUCACGAUUACUGGAUAGCCUUUGUAGGGCACACCGGAUGGGGGAAAUCCGCACGGAGUCUUCGCUUGAGCCGGGUAGCUCAUAAAUAUCCUGGCGCUUCCGAUGGAGCAGUGUCGUGCCAUUC